CGGAUUUCAAAAAUUCAAAUCUCAAACUCACCACCCUUCAUCCCCGCUCUCACACCUUUCACACACACACACACAGAGAAAGAAAGGAAGGAACUUUCAGAAGCGGAUCUGUGACUGAAAAUGUCUAUGCGCCACGAGAAAGAAAAGGGCGUCAACGUCCAGGUCCUCCUCCGUUGCAGGCCGUUCAGCGACGAAGAGUUACGGAGCAACGCACCGCAAGUUGUGACUUGCAAUGAUUACAGUCGAGAAGUCGCCGUCUCUCAGAGUAUCGCCGGCAAGCACAUCGAUAGGGUUUUCACCUUCGAUAAGGUUUUUGGUCCUUCUGCUAGGCAAAAGGAUCUUUAUGAACAAGCUGUUACUCCGAUAGUUAAUGAAGUUCUUGAGGGGUUUAAUUGUACUAUUUUUGCGUAUGGUCAAACUGGUACAGGGAAAACCUACACUAUGGAAGGGGAGUGCAAAAGGGCCAAGAGUGGUCCCAAUGGAGAGUUACCUCCGGAAGCUGGAGUCAUUCCCAGGGCUGUCAAGCAGAUUUUUGACACACUAGAGGGCCAGAAUGCGGAGUAUAGUGUAAAGGUCACCUUUUUGGAACUGUAUAAUGAAGAGAUCACUGAUUUGCUUGCCCCGGAGGAGAUUUCUAAGGUUUCUUUGGAGGAGAAGCAGAAAAAACAGCUGCCUCUCAUGGAGGAUGGUAAAGGUGGAGUUCUUGUAAGGGGAUUGGAGGAAGAGAUUGUGACAAGUGCUAGUGAGAUUUUUACGCUUCUGGAGAGAGGGUCUGCUAAACGACGGACUGCUGAAACUUUGUUGAACAAGCAGUCAAGUCGGUCACAUUCGUUGUUUUCAAUUACAAUCCAUAUCAAGGAAGCAACCCCGGAAGGAGAAGAACUAAUUAAAUGUGGUAAACUUAAUUUGGUUGAUCUGGCUGGGUCAGAGAAUAUAUCUCGUUCUGGUGCCAGGGAGGGCCGUGCAAGGGAAGCUGGGGAAAUUAACAAAAGUUUGCUUACUUUAGGACGAGUAAUCAAUGCAUUAGUGGAGCACCUUGGUCACAUCCCUUACAGGGAUAGUAAGUUAACUCGCUUACUGCGUGAUUCACUCGGGGGAAGAACCAAGACAUGCAUCAUUGCAACAGUGUCUCCUGCAGUUCAUUGCUUAGAGGAAACUUUGAGCACGCUGGAUUAUGCACACAGGGCAAAACACAUAAAAAAUAAGCCUGAGGUUAACCAAAAAAUGAUGAAAUCAACACUUAUCAAAGACCUUUAUGGUGAAAUUGAACGUCUUAAAGCAGAGGUUUAUGCUACGCGUGAGAAAAAUGGUGUCUAUAUUCCAAAGGAAAGAUUCUAUCAGGAGGAGAGUGAAAAGAAGGCUAUGUCAGAUCAAAUUGAACAGAUGGGGCUCACAAUAGAAACGCAACAAAAGCAACUUGAGGAUUUGCAAAACAAAUUAGUCGACCAAAUUCAACAGUGUUCCGAUUUGAGCAACAAACUCGAUAGUACCGAGAAAAACUUGAACAAGACUAGCAAAUUGCUUGCCAACAGAGAGGAAGAAUUAAAAAAAUGUCAGUACACUUUGAAAGAGAAAGACUUCAUCAUUUCUGAGCAGAGAAAAGCAGAAAAUGCACUGCAUCAUCAAGCAUGUGUUUUACGUGCUGAUUUGGAGAAAUCUCUUCAGGAUAAUGCUUCGUUAUUUUUGAAAAUUGGCAGAGAAGAUAAGUUGAACUCAAAUAACAGAACUGUAGUGAACAAUUACCAGGCGGAGCUCGCUCAGCAAGUUGGUUCUCUAUGCAGCACUGUUGCAACGUCAUUGUCUGAACAGAAUGAACAUCUGGAAGGUGUGAAGAAGCUCUGUCAUUCGUUUUUGGACGUUCAUGAUAAGGCCGUUGUUGAUUUUAAAAAGAAAAUGACAUCUCUGAGGUCCUUGUAUAUAUCUCAUAUCGAGGCAGUACAAAAUGUCGUGCGCUUGCAUAAAGCGAACUCUGAUGCUGCCUUUGAGGAACUUACUUCUGUUAUAUCCUCCAAUGGCGAUUCAAUAGAAAAAUUUCUUGCAUCCGAGGCUACCGAAGCUGGUUCAAUAUUUGAUGAUCUUCAGGGUUCCCUUUCAACUCAGCAGGGUGAAUUGGCAGUUUUUGCGAGCGAGUUACGAAAUGUACGUGCUUCAAGUUUUCCUUCUAAAUUCAAUCUCAGCAUUGAACAAAUAAAGGAUAUCUCCGAGCGCUCUCAAGAAUUUGUGGAUAAGCUUUUUGAAGAAUCAAAAAAGCUUGAAGACUACGCUUCACAGGCUGACCAAGUGCAAAUGAAGAGCAUUGAUGAGUUUAAAAAAGCUUACGAGGUUCUAACUUUGCACCAACAAGUAUUAUUUGAAAGAUGGUUCUGGUUGUUGACAUCUGAUGUGGAAAGCUUAUUCUAUUCUGUGCAGGAACAAUCAAAAUCAGAUACAGAGAAACUUAUUGCUAAUAUGACAACUUUAGUUUCUGAUCACAUUCGGCGACAAAUGGAUCUGGUAGACUCAAAGCUUGUUGAUCUUAGGGAAAGCGGAAUGAAGAACAAGUCCUUCUUGGAUGGACAUUUGUCUUCAAUGGGAGAUAUUGUUACCAAUGCUAAAAGGAAAUGGCAGGCCUUUUGCGUGCAAGCAGAAAAGGAUGCAAAAGACACUUCGGAUUUUUCUGCUGCUAGGCAUUGCCGUAUGGAGGUGCUCAUGCAGCAGAGUUUUAAGACUGCUAAGUCGGCUUUUGAGCAUACAAAGAGGACACAUGAUGCUGUGAAUGAGAUGGGGACCAAACAUAUUUCGGCAACAGAAUCAAUUGUCAGGAAUGCUACUGAUGGCAAUGAGCAACAUGUCGUUGAGGUCAAUUGUGCACGAAUUUCAGCAGAAGAAGAUGUGGCAAAGAAUAGUGAGGAGCUUAUUGAGCAGUUUGAUGUCACUUCAGCACAAGAACGGGAUUCCAUAUCUGGCGUAUUAAAUGUGGUGAGAACUCAUGCAAAUACACUUGAGACGCUACGAGAGGAUCACGAUGGCCAAGCUGCUUCGAUUGAACACAGAGCAAGCGAAACUUUUCAACAGCAAUUCAGGGAUUAUGAACCUACCGGUACAACACCAAUAAGAUGUGAAGCUGAUGUUCCGACAAAGGGGACAAUAGAGUCUCUUCGAUCCUUGCCAAUGGAAUCCCUGCUUGAGGAAUUCCGGGAAAACAACCCAUACGAAUCUUCUGAUGUAAAGGAGUUGAAACCAUCUCUUAUUCCACGUUCGCCUCUUACUCAACUGAACUAAAUGGUGGUAUAAGCUUGCACGGUUGGGUCCUUCAUUGUUACAAAUUUGUAUUUCUAUUGUAACAUCACAUUGCUUUUGUUAGCCAUAAUUGUUCAAAGAAUGCAUCCUUGGAGGAUAGGAUAUUUAGAGCAAUGUACUCUGUAAAUCCCACCUUGGGAUGAAGUAUAUGUUAAAAUAAUGUUUAAUUUUAAGUAAGGCUCUCGCUUUUGUUUAAGUUUUUU